AUGUCAACUAUCGUUGCUCACCAGCCAUCACAAACGCCUCCUUCACACCAUUUACCCAUUGAUCCCCAUUCAAGUGAUCACGUGCAACAACAACAUUCAACAAUAAAAACAAAUAUGUCAUUAGCAGCUGAACGUGAAGCCUAUUUACGAUUAGCAGCACAUUCAAUGGAAAAUUCCAGACAAAUUGCACCUAAUUUUAAUAUUCAUUCACCAAAAGCUUAUGGUGGUUAUGUCGUAAGUAUUCAUACAAUUUAUUUUUAUAUUUAA